AUGACUGUACCUGUCAUGUUGUUGUGCUUUCUCAAUCCGUUCGUGUUUCUCCUGCCCUCCUCUUCGGGAGAAAGGAUUUCUUACACUAUCACCAUGUUCCUGUCUCUAGCUGUCUACAUGACUCUCAUUGGAGACAUCCUCCCGAAAGUGUCGGAAAACAUGGCUGGGAUGUCCUACUUUCUACUGGCAGUCUUAUUCUACAGCGGCCUCCUGAUCAUACUGACGAUAUUUACACUACGAUGUGAAUCAAUCGCAGAUGUUUCUCAGUUUCCGAGGUGGUUAAGACACCUUGCUCGCUGUAGUUGUAAACUCAAGAAAACCAAGGUUGUCAGCAGGACAAAGUCGGCCAAGGUUUUCACGGUAAGAGAGCUGGGGGAAAAUGAAGAUGAUACGGCGAUUGACGAUGACCCGGAGUGUUUGUGUAUUCAACACAAAGACGUGAUGGGAGUCAUUGAUAGAUCCCUGUUUGUUUCCUCAUUACUGGCUAUCUCUGUAAUCACUGCGUGGUUUCUGCUUACAUAUCACUCAUAG